AUGAAAAUUAUUACCAGAGAGAAAACUGCUAGAAUUGCACAUUUCGCCUUUAAUUACGCUACCCGAAAUGGACGCAAGAAGGUGACUGCAGUUCACAAGGCGAAUAUAAUGAAACUCGGUGAUGGUCUAUUUCUGCACACCUGUGAAGAGGUUUCCAAACACUACCCUUCUAUUGAAUUCAACUCGAUGAUCGUCGACAAUUGUUGCAUGCAAUUAGUUAGCCGUCCCCAACAGUUUGAUGUGAUGGUUCUACCUAAUCUCUAUGGUAAUAUUGUUGGCAGUCUCUGUGCUGGAUUGGUAGGAGGUGCCGGUGUAGCUGCUGGUAUGAAUUUAGGCGAACACUAUGCGAUCUUCGAGUCUGGCACACGUAAACAAGCUCGGGCCUUGAGAGGAAAGAAUAUUGCCAAUCCAGUGUCAAUGAUCCUAGCUUCUGCUGAUAUGCUUGACCAUUUAGGCCUCUAUGAAAAAGCUGCCAUUCUUCGAAACGCAAUUGUCGAUACAAUCUCAAGACAAAAUAUAAAGACUCCUGAUAUUGGAGGCUGUUACACAACGAAAGACGUGGUUGAUGCAAUUACAUCGAGUAUUAUUAAGCAACUGCAAUCCUAA